CAGAGCUGGGCCUGCCCCUGCCCGCCCUUUUCCUGACAGGCUCCGCCCCGGGCCGUGCGCCGGCGGCGGGCGGUGCUGCGGCGGCGGGCUGGGAGCCGCCAUGCGCUUUCGUGCUAAGAUCGUGGAUCUCGCAUGCCUCAACCACUUCAGCCGUGUAAUUAACACAAUCGCCAAGUUAGCCAAGACCUGCACGCUGCGCCUGACUGUCAGCAAGCUGUAUUUCAUCCUCUCCGAUAAAGUAGCAAAUGGAGGUGUGGGUAUGUGGUGUGAGCUGAACCAGGGGAAUUUCUUCGAUGAAUUUCAGAUGGAAGGAGUGGAUGCAGAGCACAAUGAGAUCUACUUAGAGUUGAUGCCUGAGAACCUCUCGAGAGCAUUAAAAACUGCCCAGAACGCUAACGCAGUGAAGAUGAAGUUGACUAACAAACACUGCCCCUGUCUCAGAGUCGCUGUGGAGCUACCAUCCUUAUCAAGCAGCAGUAGGAUUGUGACACAUGACAUUCCUGUGGGGGUUAUUCCCAGAAGAUUAUGGAAUGACUUCAGAGAGCCCAGUGUGCCAGACUUUGAUGUCAGUAUUUACCUACCAGUGCUGAAAACAAUGAAGAGUGUUGUGGACAGAAUGAAGAAUCUCAGCAAUUCCAUUAUGAUUGAAGCAAACUUGAGUGGAGAAAUGAACUUGAAAAUAGAAACUGACUUAGUUUGUGUAACAACGCAUUUUAAAGACUUGGGAAAUCCUUCCUGGGCGUUAGAGGAUGGAUGUCAAAGUUCUCAAGACAGAGAUCCGGAAAGCAUGGCUGAGGCACGCAUAGACAUCAGGAAGCUGCAGCAGCUGCUUGCUGGACAGCAGGUCAACCCCACAAAGGCAUUGUGCAAUAUUGUAAGUAAAAGAGUUGUCCACUUCAUCUUGCUUCAUGAGGAUGUUUCACUUCAGUAUUUCAUUCCAGCACUUACCUGAAUACUUUGGAAUCUCGGUAAUUUUCCAACCUGAGGCCUUUUCCUUGAAGUCUGAAAACUUUCAUGAGUUGCUGGAGUACUCUCAUGUGAUAUGCUGUUAGAUACAGCCAUUAGAUGGACAUUAUUUCCUUAUUCAAAACAUCUCCUCAUCCAGAAGGGCAUUUUUGUGAAAAGUUACAUGCUAUGAAAGAUAAAAUGUUGGGGAACUGGCAUAUCUGAGCAUUAUGGGCAGCAAAGCUGAAAGUUGUAUGUGCUUCUGGGAUGCUUUGAGAUGUGGGGAAGGCAAUGUAGGAGUGUGUUUCUGACAAGCAUAAAGGUAGACUUGGCCUCUGGAGCUGCUGCUGGGUGUAUCCAGUAUUGGACAAUACAGCUCCAAGUUAAGUUGUCAUACGUCCUUGGAACAGGAGAGUGGCAGAUGAUUGGUAUCUGCUUAUAAUAUAGAAGUUAUAAUUGUGAGAACAUUUAUUUUUUGUUAGAAAACAAAAAAUCCCAAACAAACACCACAAGUGGGAGUAAUGCUGGUACAGGUCAGGAGUCUGCCAUUUCAUGUCCUGGAGGGGAGGACACUAGACACACCAACAGAGGUGAAAUCUCUCCAGCCCCAGGGCUUUCUUACCCUUCCUUCCUAAAUAGAGCACAAGGAUACAGCUCAGCCCUGCAAUCCAGUUGAUGUGUACGUGCUGAUCAGAGGGAAAAUAAUACUCAGUUUUAAACCUGCUGUCAUCUGUGAAUCCAGUUGUCAGAGCCUUGAGGGCAAUAUUGGGUCUUGGAGGCCCUAAGCAGCCUCACCAGGGACCCCUGUCCACCCCCUGUCCAUGGGCCCACAGAUCCCGUUUCAGCUCGGGCUGUGGUAUCCUGUACUCCUUUAAACUAUGCUGUAGGUGGGCCAGGGCCCAGCCCUGUUCAUGGAUUGAUGUUUAUUGAAGCCACUCGUAUUCCUCUGCGACCUUAAUUUUGCUGAGCAGGAUGUGGUACAAGACUUUCUACUCCGUUGCUGAAGGUGAUGUUCCUGACCUCUUGCUGAUACGUACUUGGAGUAGCUGCUCCUGAACAUGAGUAUGUAGUACACAAGGUUGUGUGUGUGUACUUUUUGUAUGUUUACUGGAAGUUUGUGCCUUAACUUUUAUCCAACACCUGUUACAUGAAAACACCUCUGCAGCUGAGAGCUUUUGCUUUGUUUGUCAUUUUAAACUGAUGAGUUUCUACAUCGGAUUGGUGUGUUUUGGUUCUGCUUCCUAAGGGAACAGUGCUGCAUUUUCCUGUUGUUCUGUUCAAGUGUCAUCCAUGCAUGUAAUUCUGGUCCUUCUGAUCACUCAGUUCCUUUAUAGCGUUCUAGCUCUUCUGUUCUCUUCAUCCAUUUUGCAUGGAAGUAAUGGUUUGUAAGUUUUGCAUGCUGGUUUGUAAGUAAAAUAAAAAGGCAUUUGGACACUGUAAAGCAUCACACAUGCAGUUAACGUUCCAAACAGAGGAGGCAAAUAGAAGAAAUGCUGAAGUUAUAUUCAGCUUAUAUUGUUGAAAGUGCUAGUUUUGCUUCUUUUUUUUGCAGUAGAUUUGCUGGGUUGACUUUUAAUUCUUUGGCUUGACUUCAGGGUAGUGUGAUUGCCAUUGAUCUACAUUUAAAUCACAGUAUUUUCCUGAAACAUUAAUCAAAACAGUUGUUCUGGGUGCAGUGCAGACUGGAAGUUACUUACGGAGCACAAAACCAGGUUUUUACAGAAGCUUGUAAUAUUGAUCUAUCUGUUGAUCUUUUGAAAGCUAGUGAAAAUCCUUCACUGCUGUCAUCAUAUAUUGCCUAAGGUAUCCCCACCCAUUUUGUAUCAGACACUAUUGAUUUCCUGUUGCAGGGCUUUGGUUUUCAAGGAAUCUUUACAUGUAAAUGUUAACUGCCCAUUUUUACAUACCACCAACCUCUGCUAUCAUAUAUUCCUUUCAUUCCUUUUUUUCAAAGUAUGUCUUAGAGGAGCUUGGAAGGGGGUGAGAGCAUAGAAUUCCCUGAACCAACCACCAGCUGCUAAGAUAGUAAUGAAAAAUAGUAAGUUUCUUUACCAGCUAUUUCAUUCUGGCAUUGCUCUGACAUUUCACAUGGUAUCUCACUCCUGGUGUAACUGAUUUUUAAGUUCCAAUGCUGCAGUAUCUGCUGUGGUCUGACAUUUAGUGGUACUUCCAUUUAAUCAAGUUUCGUCUGAUUUGGAACACCCAAGAUUCUGUCAGGUUUAGGUACCAAGAGAAGAGAAACUUGAAGUGUCAAAGGGUAAAUUCUAACUAUAAGAUAGGGCGUUUAGACAAGAUGUUGACCCUGACCCACCAUCUAUCCUAGGGACCGGAGGAUGCUCUCCACCCUUUGCAUCCAAUCCCAUCUGUCUUGUUCUGGCAUAAGCCUUACACAGGCAAGUCCCGGGCAAAUCUUCUGCCCUGUUGAGAAAACCCAGGAGGAAGUCAGAUACAUGUUACAUGGCUUUUGACUUGCUCCUGGUUUUUCAGAUGUACCUGCUUCUAAAUUCACCUCCAUGUUGAACUCUGCCUGGCCAAAGAUUUUUCUAUCUUUGCAUUGAGCCACAACAGUUAUUAAAGAGCUCAGGCCCUUCAUGACUCUUGGAUUUGAUUUUUGACUCUCUAUAUCUUCCAUGAAACUUUGUGAAGCUCUGCAUUUUUGAUCUAUGCAAAUUUACACGUGCCACUUCAAUACUGAGUUAUAUUCAUCAUUUAGAAGGCAAUAAGAGUUAAUUCAGAGAACAAUGGCAAGUUUAUGAGUUCAAUUGAAACAAGCAUUUCAAGAGACAGCCAUGGAAAUUGUUCUUGAGUAGCUUCAGGGGUACAAAGAAUUGUAGAAGAUCCUCAGAUCAAUUGUACUUCUUCACAUGCAUAUGGACUUUGUCCAACUCAGUUAAAUCUUACCUUGAGUGUGUGUUUUGUGUGUUGAGCUUUUUGGUUCCCCACGUCCACUUGAAGUCUAUAACAAGUAAUAAUAACGUGUAGCCAUGCAAUGGCUGAAUAACUGGCUGACAAACUGAAUCCAUUUGGCACUUUCUGUAACCACCCAAAACACAUCUUACAAGUUCAUCAUCUGAGAACACUUAAUAAGCCUUUAGACCUAGUUCUCAUUGUUUAUAGUUGCCCUAGUAUAAUGUUGUGUGUUAUGUUAUGGUUUCCAGUUUAUAAGGUUAAAUUCUGCAGCCACUACUCAGGUCUUAUAAGACAAAGCUUCUGCAUUGUUAGGCUCAAUUCUUUGCUGAAGGGAGUAGCUAAAAUCUCUCUGCCUUCAAGGAAGCGUUUUUGUGUGAGUCAGUGAAUUGGUAUAGAAUCUUACCUAUAACCUUUUGCUUUCCUUGCCUUCUGGUUGCACACUACUAUAUUACUGAUCCUUAUUUUUAUGCUGCUUUAGAGAAAGACUUUGCAUAUAUUCUUUUUUGUUAAUGCCACACCAAUUCAAAUUCUGAUUAGAAAAAGAAAACAACAGAGGGUGCUAAAGAGCUGUAGGAAAAUGCAUUCCUUUGCUUUCCAAAGCAAAGCUAGGAACAAGCAGAGGCCCUCAGAUAGCAUUUAUGAGAGGGUGUGAUUUUUUAAAAUAGUCUUCCAUAAAUACCAUUUCUCAGAUGGGCAGGUGGCCAGUGACUAAAUGUAAGACUGGAAUUGUUUAAACUUCGUAAGCUAUGACAGAAAUACUGUUUCUAGAGCAAGCAUCAUGAAUAACCCAGUGAAAUCAUUUAGGCAGACCCUGAGAGAUGCAACUGAACUGAGAUGAGGUGACUAAAUAGUUUAUAGAAUUGGACUUGAGCCUCUCUGUGAUUCAUCUAUAAAACAAGAAUCUUUGUACUAACAGCUGGGUGCAAUAUGUGGCAAAUAAAAGCAUGAAGGAUUUCCUGUGCAUUUGGCUUCUCACUUCAUAGGUACUUACUCAGGGACAUCUUUAUUCAUGUGCAUGGGCUGGUGCUAUAAAUAUUUUGCUAUCCUUUCCUUAGGUGAGAAGACACAUGUUCAAGUCAUAGUCAGUUAAUAAUUACUUAAUCUCUCACUUUGUGAUGUACUGUUCGUGACAAUCUGAAGCACAAUUUCUUGUAGUAAAGGAACACUGGACUUCCCCACUCUUUGUACCAAGGUAUUGACAAAUUAGUUGAUUUUUCUUCCACUUGCUGGAUUUAAAGACCAUCUUCUCUGAGCUUGUAUAGGUUACUGUUGUGCCAUCUAACCAUGGAAGAUGCCAUGCUGGAGCUCAAAGUAAUCUAUUCUGGUAUUCAGGAAGCAGACAGACCUCUAGCAGUGGGAACUGUGGGAUCCUAAAUGUACUCAGUCAAAUGUCAGACGUCUUUUCCAAAACUGAAAACAGACAUUUAUGUGUUACGUAAUACAAGCAAAAGUUACAUCACACUCACAUCUUCAAGCAUUUUAAGUGAUGUCCACUCAUAUGCUGGCACUUGUGUAAUUUGCAGCAAAAACUGGGAACAACUUUAGCCUUUGUUUCACUCAAAGGAACUGGCAAUGCUAGUCAUUGCUAGAAAACUUUACUUACCAUGGUCACUUUGGUGAAUUAAUCACUCCACAGAGAACUUAGAAGCAAACUAGCAACUCAAGAAAUGAUCUCUAAUGUUGUGAAAUAGUAUGGCAUAAUUUGUACACAGGUAUUAGACUUCUGAUCAGCUCAUAGAUAUCUGUUAAUUUAUAGUGGCCACCUCUCAGCUGGCAUAAAUCAGCUUAGUUCAUUCGAAAUCAGUAGUUAUGCCAGUUGAUGCCAGCUGAAAGAUAUGGCUUUGUGAAGCUUUCAGUGAUUUGGAGCAGGGAGGUGGCACAGGAACCCUCUUCAUAGAUCUCAGUUGUUACAUUUCUUUUGGAAGCUGAAAAUAAAUCACAAAUUCCAGUCACGACGUUUGUAUUUCCAGAAGGUGUUGGCAUUCCUGAUGAAGAUACAACCACUGACAUACCAUUGGCAUGGGGGUUUGUUUUGAUUUGGCUUGGCUUCUACAACACCAAUGGUAGCUAUUUGACUAGGCUCCUUAGAGGGGGAAUGAGCGAUUAACUCCCUCAAGUAUCAUAUGUGUUGCUACUGUUGCCAAUAUUUUAAUGAUAUGACCACAAAACCUUAUUUCCUUCAUUCUGCGUUAGCCUGUGAGUUGCAGGGGGUGAAUGUAUUUACAGAGAGGAGGCUGCAGAGGCCCUGUGAUUUUGGAUUUUUCUUUUACACAAAGCCACUUUCUCACAACUGGACUAGUUGACAAAUGAGCUUCUAUUUGGCUGCUUGCAUGGGUGGCAUGAAAAUCUCAUCACACAUAGACAGGGUCCUCCAUCUGAUCACCACCACUGUAAGCUUGAACUAAAGGGAGGUAACCCCUCCCUAGGGAUUUGCUAUGUACUCAAACCCAAAACAUCUGUACAAUAUAUAGGGGGGCCAUUUGGGUCUGUAGGGUGUUGCUUUUCCAGAGGAGUUCAGUAUGUUCUGUUUUCUAUCUCACUUCAAGCAUAUCCUUAGGAAGUCCGAUGACUUGAAUGAGAGCGAAGGAACACUUCUCUGUGUUCUUAAAUAAAGUGGCAUUGUCUGCACCUUACAGAUUUUGGUUUGGUUGCUGAUGAACCUGUGCUUGUUUGUAUUACAGACCUUUUGUAUUAUCCUGCCUAAAUCUGGAUUUUCAGCCUUCUCUGUACUGAACAAUUAGUUCAAAAAUACUUGUGUGUGUACAACUGAAAUACUGAUAUUUUAAGUUUUAAAGUCAUGAAAGAGAAAUUUCCUUAACUAUAUGCUGCUGCAACAGAAAGUUAUUAAAUACAGUCAGUUACUCUUAGAAACUGGAGCCUUGAGAGGUAAUCCCAUAGACAGAGACAUGCUUUAUUAGUAGGAAUUAUCUCAUGUGGUAUUAUGUUUCAGUAUCUUCUAGUAAGGUUUACAGGAAUAGACCUAUGGGUUAUGUUGAGCUUUGUGUGAGAGAAGUCAAAACAUUGGAAUUUCCUUAUAUAAUCUAAACCCACUUCAUUUACAUACAGACAGUGACUUCACGGAAAAAAUAAAUAAAUAACAUAAUGAAAAUGAGCUACUGAUGACUAGAAGACUAAGCACAGGACAAUGUGCCAGGACAGCUCUGCAAGUCAUCUUUCCCUUGGGAUAAACUACUUGGAGAGAA